CUUCCGUUUCCUUCAAUGUUGACACAUCCGCUGAAGGCGCAGUUGUCUAGUUGCGGUUCCAUAAGAUGAUUUGUGAUAAACACUGCUGUAUACAUAAAAGUUUUAAUAAAGGGAUUAAUUAUCGAUGAAGAUGCAUGACAAUUAGUGUAAAAUGGCUGCAGCAGUAGAUGGAAUAAAGCGGUGGAUUUGUCCAACUGAUCGAGAGCUUUCCCUGCGGGCGAAAUUGAAUGCUGGCUGGUCAAUACAUAGUCAAGACUACUUUCAUAAACCGGAGCCAAUAUUAGAAUGCGAGCUUCGAGCUAUUGAAAAUGUCAUCCUGCGAGCAAAAGAAAUUGAUAUAACAGAUAAAGAUAGGAUUAGAAAAAUGAUCUGUAAGUUAGAAAAUAUGAGAAGGAACUCUGUUGGCGAUGGAAAAACAACUUGUUCCAUGUGUGGAGUAACUUUUGGCUGGUUACGUUCCUCUAGCAUACAAUGCUCUGACUGUUCUAUGGCCGUUUGUGAGAAAUGUCGAAUAGAUAUACACAGUGCAUUUGAAGAAAGCAUUCUUUGCAAAAUAUGUUCAGAGCAAAGAGAACUGUGGAAAAAGUCGGGUGGAUGGUUCUAUGGAGCACUUCCCCACGUUGAAAACUUGAAUUGUGAAGAUCUUAAAUGUUACCAACAAGGUGGUUCAGAAACUUGGGAACACAGAGCCAGGGACAUUGUACGCUUGGAGAGUUUUGAAGCACCAGAGCAAACUGGCAGUAAAAUGUUUUAUAAGACUUGGGCAAUUAACUCUAGUCCAGAUCCCACGUAAGUACUAUAUCGAAUUCAAAAACUUCCCUUAUCAAUGAGCCUCAAAUAUCCUUCUUUCAUCUUGGUGAUCAUGUGACUAUCUCCACAGAGGUACGGAUUCUGAGAAUCCUGAGGCUUAUGGUCUUAAUAUGAUGUCAGCCCGCCAUAGAUGGCAGCUUGCACAAGCAUGGGGAGGUUUUUCAUGAGUUUUUGAUAAGUGACCUUAGGAGUUGACGUCCAGGCGUUCAUCACAGUGUAGUGAUGAACGCUUGGUGUGAGUGCUGGUAGUAAUUUGGUAAUCUCAUGGGAUUUAGAUUUGGCAUCCAUUUUUGAACACCCAUCUUUUCACACGAUGGCUGCGCAAGUAUCGAUGCAUGAAUGGAGCAGUUAUCCUGUUGGAAGAGAAAUUGGCUUUCUACCAAAAUAUUACCACAGAUCUGGAACAACAGGAUUGUCCAGAGUUUAAGAACUAAGGGACCCAGGCCAAAUCCUUGAAAACUCCCCUCCCACCAUGGUUUUCUUUUUUAGGAAGGGAGGCCAGAUAUUUUUGGCCAGUUAUAGUCUAUCCCUAAAUUAAAAUGUUUGUCUCAAUUGUUUGCAGAAGGCAUCUUAUUCAUCUGCAAAAAAUCUCAUAAUUCUUAUCCAAUGGAAUACAAUGCAUAUAUGUAGUAAAAAUUGAUGUACAGACUUUA